AUGAAUGAAAGUUAAACUGGUAAGAAGCUGGAGCUGUGCAGACUGCCGGCAGAAGAGAGAAAAAGAACACAAAAGACGCUUGGAAUUAAAACAAUUACAGAUAAAAGAAAUGGAAGCAGAGAACGUCGGACAAGAAGCUACAAACCGAAGAGCCAUGGAAACAGAGGAGGCUAAGCAAAAAGCUGAACAUCAGUGUUUUGGAACUGAAACAGACAGAGGCUGACAAAGAAAUGGUGAUCCAGAAAUUAGCUAUGGAGGAAAAAGAGGAGUGCCAACUGGACUUGAUAGAGAAGGAGAACCAGAACACCCACACGCCAGUGAGUCCCAUCUCUCCAAAAAUCCACAAAUGGGAACGGUUGUGUCCUGCAUACAGUGAGACAGGGGACAUUGCUGAAUAUUUCUUCACCUUUUGAGAGGCGUGUGUAUUUCACCAUAUUCUUGAGAACCAAAAGAUGCCCACUUUGAUUGCAAAGUUGACAGGUAUUUAUAUGUGGGAUGUAGAAGGCAGAAAAUAUUUUGAUUUCUUGAGCGCUUACAGUGCUGUGAAUCAAGGUCACUGUCAUCCAAAGAUUGUGGAAGCUCUGAAAUCUCAAGCUGAGAAACUGACCCUUACCUCUAGGGCAUUCUACAAUGAUGUACUUGGUGAAUAUGAAGAGUAUAUCGCCAAAAUGUUCAACUACAGCAAAGUUCUUCCAAUGAACACAGGGGUGGAAGCUGGAGAAACUGCCUGUAAACUGGCUCGCAAGUGGGCAUACACCGUGAAGGGAAUUCCAAAAUACAAAGCAAAGAUUAUUUUUGCAGCUGGGAACUUCUGGGGCAGAACAAUGUCUGCUAUCUCUAGCUCUACAGAUCCAACUAGUUAUGAUGGGUUUGGACCAUUUAUGCCGGGUUUUGAAGUAAUUCCGUACAAUGACCUUCCAGCUCUUGAGCGUGCACUUCAGGAUCCAAACGUAGCAGCUUUCAUGGUUGAACCAAUUCAAGGUGAAGCAGGUGUAGUUGUCCCUGAUGAAGGUUACCUACCAGGAGUGCAAGAGCUCUGCACAAAACACAAUGUUCUGUUUAUUGCUGAUGAAAUACAGACUGGCUUAGCUAGAACUGGGAAAAUGCUGGCUGUUGACCAUGAAAAUGUGAGACCUGACCUGGUGCUCCUUGGAAAGGCCCUUUCUGGUGGCUUAUAUCCUGUAUCAGCAGUACUGUGUGAUGAUGAAAUUAUGCUGACCAUUAAGCCAGGUGAACAUGGAUCUACAUACGGAGGAAAUCCUUUAGCCUGCCGUGUGGCUAUGGCAGCACUUGAGGUGAUAGAAGAAGAAAGCUUAAGUGAAAAUGCAGAAGCAAUGGGCAACCUAUUAAGAAGUGAGCUCAUGAAGACUCCAUCAGACAUUGUGACUUGUGUAAGAGGAAAAGGAUUACUAAAUGCUAUUGUUAUCCGUGAAACUAAAGACUAUGAUGCCUGGAAAGUGUGUCUGCGGCUUCGUGAUAAUGGACUUCUUGCCAAACCCACACAUGGUGAUAUCAUCAGGCUGGCACCCCCACUUGUGAUCAAGGAGGAUGAAAUCAGAGAGUGCAUUGAAAUCAUUCAUAAAACCAUUCUGUCUUUCUGAAGACAUGUUGUUUCAGCAUAUCACCUUGGGUCAACUAGCAGAUGUAUUUGAAAGAUGUGCUAUAAAGACCCACUCUCAAAGCAAACAUCCACUCCUGUAUAUCUUAAAGGACUUAUACUUCUAAAACUUAGUUAUGUUUAGGUUUGUAAAUUUUAAUGGAUCAGAAGAAGGUAAAUCAUGACUCUGAAGUUUCCAAUCUCUUGUGACUAUUUGCAAAUGAAGAAGUGAAGUUAUAUUCAAUCAUUUAUGUACUGUAUGCUUUAAGUUAAACUUCUUGACAGGAGUCUGUAUGUAGACAUCUCUUAAAUUGCUGAAGGUCUCAGCCAAAGUUUUUAAUGUGUAAUUUACACAUAUUUUAAUAAUAAACAUUACCCUUUUGUAUAACUGCACAAAGUUUUUUGUAUUUGGAAUUUUAUCUCACUUGAUGCUGUACUUGUAGGACUAAAUCUCUUGCUGUGGACACUGCUGGUUGUCAUGCCGAGAAAUCCUGGCUCCCAUCCUGAAAGCAUCAAGAAUAGCAUAAUUUUUCUGUUCUUCCUUUGCAAUUUAUAAAAAGGCAUCUAACCGUAAAGGUUUGAUAAACUGGAUGUUCUACUGGUAAAUAUGUCACGGACCAGCUUAUACUUCGUAUGUAAAAUUUCUUGAAUGUAUGACAAUAAUAGACAUUGUUUUCAAGAAUGUGAUCUCAGUGUUCUGUUUUACAGAUUGUGAAACCAAUCAGUGUACAGAUCUAGGUUUGCCAUUCUAAAACUGUUAUCCUUCUAUAAUUUGAUGUUUAUUUACAUUAAAAUAAAUACAUCUUCUAUUAA